AUGAAGCAUCCACAACUGAAAGUCUUAAACCGAGGGACAGAAUCAAGAUCACGGGAAGUAUUAAUACCACUUGAUAAUGCCAUGGACCAGGGGACUGUGGGCGUCAUUUUCAACGUGGGCACGGACGACAUCACGAUCGAGGAGAGCAACGCCAUGGUGAACGACGGCAAGUACCACGUGGUGCGUUUCACCCGGAGCGGCGGCAACGCAACGCUGCAGGUGGACAACUGGCCCAUCAACGAACGAUACCCGGCAGGUCGUCAGCUGACUAUCUUCAACAGCCAGGCCGCCAUCAAGAUCGGAGGCCGCGACCAAGGCCGCCCCUUCCAGGGCCAGGUCUCGGGGCUGUACUACAAUGGGCUCAAGGUCCUCUCCUUGGCCGCUGAGAGCGACGCCAACGUGAAGGUGGAGGGCAACCUGCGGCUGGUGGGUGAGGUGCCCUCCGUCAUGACCACCGAGACCACGGCCACCACCCUGCUGGCGGACAUGUCCACGACCAUCAUGGAGACCACCACCACCAUGGCCACGACCACCACGCGGCGGGGCCGUUCCCCCACCAUGCGGGACAGCAUCACGCAGAAUUCAGACGACCUGCUGGUGGCUUCGGCCGAGUGUCCCAGCGACGAUGAGGACUUGGAGGAGUGCGAGCCGAGUACCGGAGGUGAAUUAGUCUUGCCCAUAAUAACCGAAGACUCUCUAGACACCCCUCCAAUCGCCACGCGCUCUCCUUUUAUCCCCCUGCCUCCCACCUUUGGCCCCUUCCUAACCGUAAUCGAGACCACCAAAGACACCAUCUCCCUCCCGGCUCAGCCGAAGCCCCCCUGCCUGACAGACCAAGACGACGUCGACUGCGAAGAGGGCAUCGAGGCCUCGGGGUACGCCUCCGGCGAGGUCUUCGACUCCAGCCUGCCCCCCACCGACGACGAAGAUUUUUACACCACCUUCCCCCUGAUCACUGAUAGGACCCCGAUGGGCCGGCCCGAUGGAGGAGCCGGCAAAAAGCCCCACGGCUACCGCCCCAACCUUAGGACAGGAUUGCCGGCUUCGCCCUCCGGCCCAGACCUCCUGGCCUCGACCACUUCUCCCACCCUGCUCCACCGCAUCCCCGCAGGCAAAAUGAACAACCGCGAGCCCCUGCGGCCCCACCCCGAACACUUCCCCCCUCUGGCCACCUCCUUCGAGCCGGACAAGCUCAACCGCCCCAAAUACCCCGUUAUAACCUCUUCCCCCGAUUUCCACAAUCUGCCCACAGCUAACCCCACCGACCCCGGGGAGAGGGGUCCCCCCGGCGCCGUGGAGGUCAUCCGGGAGUCCAGCAGCACCACCGGCAUGGUGGUGGGCAUCGUCGCGGCCGCCGCCCUCUGCAUCCUCAUCCUCCUCUACGCCAUGUACAAGUACCGCAACCGGGACGAGGGCUCCUACCAGGUGGACCAGAGCCGCAACUACAUCAGUAACUCGGCGCAGAGCAACGGCACGGUGGUGAAGGAGAAGACAGCCGCGGCCCCCAAAACGGCCAGUAAAAGCAAGAAAAACAAAGACAAGGAAUAUUAUGUCUGAGGCCCCCCCGCCCGUCCUAGCCAACCCCCCUCAAAAUCCCUGCGUGCACCAGAGAGAGACCCAACGCCCGAAGGAAGUGCGCAGCGGGACUAUCCAGACAUGCAUUUCCCACCCCGACCCCACCCCCCAAAAAAAACUUUCUGGAGAGGAGACCUCCCCAAAUGCCUCCUCCGGGGGAGGCAGCCGCUGCUCCUAACGCCCUCCCCCCCCCCCGUCGCCCCGUCUUUGG